AUGGUGCGAAACAACUGGGGAGAGACGGCAUAUGAUGUCGCGGCUGCUGUUUUCGAAGUAUGGAUCUGCGAGGUGCUGGAGGAAGCCGAAGCCGAACGCUGGCAAAGCACGUCUACUCCGUAUGACCCGCUUGCUGUGCAUACGACCGUGCCGGUGCUCCUAUACGAGCACCAGCGGCUCGAUACGCGCCUCAAGACGCUCGCGACAAACGGCCGCCCCAAGUUCACCGCAUCUGGUCUCGGUCGCAAUGGUAGGCCGGCACCGUUUGUGCUCCGCCUCCCCAAGCCCGAUACGCAGGGCACGCGCACCGUUCCCGCUUGGAGGAGCGAUGUGCAGCUUCCUCUACGCGACGAGCCGUUCAAGCUACCCCGGCCCGGUCAAGCUGAGCGUCCUGCUCUGGAGGGAGCGGAGCGGAGCCACUUCUGGCUCUCAGACUGGACGCUUGACGUGACGCACCCUCGCGUCGAUGCUGUCGAAGGCUGGCAGUAUGCGCGCCGUCUGAGCGACCCGGACGAUCAGUGGACUGCCGAGGUGCCGCCUCAGCUGGAGCGUGUCAUGUCUGGUAUUGCGGCAGGCCUCGCAAGCCCUCAGCGCUCGCGCUCGAGCUCCUCGUCCAGCAACCCAUCGCCCCAAAGCUGGGUCCGCCGCCGCCGCUGGGUGCGCGUCAUGCGUCGACGCCUCGACAUCCCGCCCCUGCCGUACCUACAGCCCGACGGACGGAUGUACCAGCUCGGCGCCGAUGGUGUGCUCAUUCCCGCGAGCAGCAGCAGCAACGGCGAUGCGGACGGCGACGUACAAGAGCUCGGCGCCGUCACCUCAUCCGGGCUCGCCGGCGUGCGCGAUUACGUCGCCCGCGCGCGCUUCCUCAUGGGCAAGCAGCCGCGGGACCAGGACCCGUCGCGGAUGAGCGCAGUGGACGCCAGGCGGGCGAUCGCCAAGCUGGAGCGCGCGACGGCGGAGCUGAGGCAGGGGAUCCUGGCCGAUGACGAUCCGGAUCGGCGCACGCAGGCGGAGGUGCUGCUGCAUGCGUUUUCGAGGGAUUUGGAGCGGCGAAGGCUUACGGCCGGGGAGCAGGGGCUUGUGUUGUCGGGAUAUGACGACGAUAUAGACCUCGAAAGUUCGGACGACGAAGAUGGCAUUGGAUCGCCGCGUCCAGCGUCUGUGCGCUCGGGCUCGACGGAUUACUUUGGGCGACCACGGGCGUCGGGCUCUCGUGCGGGGCCGACGGACCUCACGCCCCAUCUCUCGCAGGCGCCCGACUUCCGUGUGCCGACGCACGAGGCGCCGCAGAAGGUGCCCACCCUCAGCCCUCCGAUGGCCCACGCCGUGCAUGCUCAGUGGGAGCGCGACGACUCCGUAUCGAACUGCCGGGAUUGCGGCAGGCGGUUCACGUUCUUGCUUCGUAGGCAUCACUGCCGUCGCUGCGGACGCAUAUUUUGCGACAGGUGCUCGUCCUACCGCGCCAUGCUCGACCCUUCGGAGAUCGUGCAAGACCCCUUCUUCCCAGAGUCAGCUUUCACUUCGGGCAUGCAGCGCGUCUGCGAGUCCUGCCAUCAGGAGGUGAACGCGCUGGUGCCGCCAAUGCUGCUGGGUAAUGGCGCGAACUCGUUGGAGCGGAUCGUGGUUGACUCCCAGCAUCUUGUUGUGCCUUCGCGACGGCAGUCGACGUCGCAGCUGAGUGAUUUGGCGGAGUGUCCAGUGUGCGGCAGCAAUCUGGAUGAUCUGGGAACUGCCGCUGAGCAAGAGGCUCAUGUGAAGGCUUGCCUUGAAGGUGGCACCGGCGCCCCGCCACGCACCGGACGGUACCUUGUGUACCCUCUGCCCGCUGGCAGCGUCCUUGUCGGUACUGAAUGUGUGAUAUGUUUGGAGGAGUUUGUCGAGGGCUCGAUGAUCGCGCGCUUGAGCUGCCUGUGCAGCUUCCACAGCAAUUGUCUGUCUUCCUGGUUGCAGCGCGGCAAGAGCUGCCCUGUACAUGCUCGUUGA